CAUUGGAACUACAUUGUGCGGUAUUGUAAGUUGAAAAAACAGAGUUAUAUAGAUGAUACGUUUCCGCCAGCACCGACGAGUUUGUAUUACAAUCCCCCGGAGAAUAAGGAUGUCCACGUGGUGAAGUGGCGCCGAUUGCGUGAUGUGGUGUUUGAUGACGAUUCGGAUAAAGAUCUACCUUGGGCGGUGUUUCGGCGCCCGUUGCCUUCGGAUAUUUCUCAGGGUGUGCUGGGUAACUGUUGGCUGCUGAGUGCCUUAGCCGUGCUGGCCGAGCGCGAGGAGCUAGUGCGUGCUGUGCUGGUCACGCGGGAGUUUUGUCCGCAGGGUGUCUACCAAGUGCGUCUUUGUAAAGACGGGCAUUGGACGACUGUGCUUGUUGAUGACUUCUUUCCAUGUGACAAGAAAGGGCAUUUGUUUUAUUCACAAGCGAAGAGAAAACAGCUGUGGGUUCCUUUGAUAGAGAAGGCUGUGGCGAAAAUUCAUGGUUGUUACGAGGCACUUGUCUCUGGCAGGGCGAUUGAAGGACUUGCUACCUUGACUGGUGCACCUUGUGAAAGCAUUCCACUGCAGGCGUCUUCAAUACCGGCUCCUGCUGAGGAGGAGCUGGAUACUGACUUAAUUUGGGCACAAUUACUGUCGUCUCGUCAAGCACUAUUUCUCAUGGGUGCUUCCUGUGGCGGUGGCAACAUGAAAGUAGACGAUUCCGAAUAUCAGCGUGUAGGUCUCCGCCCUCGUCAUGCAUAUUCUCUGCUGGAUGUGCGCGAUGUGGGCGAACAUCGUCUACUACAACUGCGUAACCCAUGGGGCCAUUUUGUAUGGACCGGGGAUUGGGCGGAUGAUUCCUUUAUGUGGUCUCUGCAUUUGCGUAGUCUGCUUAUGCCGGACGGGCCAAUGGACGGCACGUUCUGGAUAUCAUUCAACGACGUUCUCAAAUACUUCGAUUGUAUUGACAUCUGCAAAGCGCGGCCUGGUUGGAAUGAUGUGCGUCUGUCUGGUAUUUUACCGCCAUUGGCAUCCCAGCAUCAUUUAUCCUGUAUUUUACUCACUGUACUGGAAGCUACCGAGGUUGAUUUUACAUUAUUUCAGGAAGGUCAAAGAAAGUCUGAAAAAUCGCAAAGAUCCCAAUUGGAUCUUUGUGUAGUGCUGUUUAAAGCUCGCAAUGCUUCACCGCCGAAUAUUGGUGCGCUUGUAGAGCACAGUAAACGGCAAGUCAGGGGUUUUGUUGGUU